AUGGCGUUCUAUCUCCACAAACACCGCCAAUUGAAUUCCCAGAAGCUUUUCGACCAAAGUCCUCCGCCCGCUGCCCCGUCAUCGUCCGCCGCUAGCUCUCAACAGCGCCCACCGCCGCCGGCCAGCUUGUUGCUCUCGCCGCCGCCAAUGGACAAUACCUUCAAUUAUACUGCACCGGAAAGUCGAGCCUCUAAAUCUAUACCUCAUUCAAGGAGGACUUCGCCAAGAUCACACUUCUCGCCGGAGAUUUCCCUGGGCCCACUACAGCCCAGCAGAGCACUGAAUUAUUCUCCCAAAUUAACACCACCGCCGGCCGCUAAAAUUCCUAUUCCGAUACCACCGCCGCCUCCGCCAUCAGGACAAAGUAAACAUUGGGCCACGAAUAACAAAACUUGCAGGCAUACGCCACGGAUCCAGUCAAAGAGUCCAAGCCCAAGAGCAAGCCCAACAUGCGAGAUAAAUGGACAGCGGCCCAAAAUGAAGCCUUUGCACUGGGACAAAGUAGGAGCCAACCCAGACACAUCUACAGUUUGGGACCGCUUGAAGACGAGCUCAUUCCAGUUGAAUGAAGACGCCAUGGAGUCGCUUUUCGGCCGCAACUCUGCAAAUUCUGUGCCUAAAGAAGUUAGUAGGAAAUCGGCAUUCGCCCCUCCGAAUCAGGAAAAUCGGAUACUCGACUCCAAAAAGUCUCAGAAUAUCGCCAUUCUGUUGCGCGCAUUGAAUGUGACGAGGGAGGAGGUUUGUGAAGCACUUAUGGAUGGAAAUCCAGAGGGCUUGGGACCAGAGCUUUUUGAAACUCUAGUGAAGAUGGCACCGAGCAAGAAGGAAGAAAUUAAACUAAAAAGUUACGAUGACCAAAUCGCGAAAAUGGGCCCGGCAGAGAGAUUUCUGAGGGCGAUGCUCGAUAUCCCGUUUGCAUUCCAAAGGGUGGAGGCAAUGUUGUACAGAGCAAACUUCAACGCUGAAGUCGAAUAUUUGAGGAAGUCUUUUCAAACCUUAGAGGAAGCCAGUGAGGAAUUGAAGAAUAGCCGUUUAUUCCUCAAACUCCUCGAGGCCGUCUUGCGGACAGGAAACCGGAUGAAUGACGGCACCAUCCUCGGCAGUGCCAAAGCCUUCAAACUCGAUACACUCUUAAAGCUGGUCGACGUCAAAUCAGCCGAUGGAAAAACGACCCUUCUUCACUUUGUCGUUCAAGAGAUUAUCCGCUCUGAACAAACAAACUCGACAUUUAAGGAUCAAAGGCUGAGUAUCAUGUCGGGACUGAGCAAAGAGCUCAACAAUGUGAAGAAAGCAGCGACAAUCGACUCCGACGUCUUGAGUGGCUACGUGUCCAAACUCGAGACCGGGCUUUACAAAGUCCGAGACAUCGUGAAGAAGGAGAGCCAGGGCUUGACAGAAGAUCAAGGAAGGUUUUUCGAGUCUAUGAGAGCAUUUAACAAAGAGGCUGGGGACGAGAUUGCUAGGGUUAGAGCUGAGGAGAGGAAGGCGCUUUCAUUGGUGAGGGAGGUGACGUGUUACUUCCACGGGGAUGCCGAGAAAGGGUCGCUGAGGAUUUUUGUGAUCGUGCGGGACUUUUUGGACGUGUUGGACACCGUGUGCAAGGAUGUGGGGAGAAUAAUGAAGGACGACAGGUCAGCGGUUGACGGGGGAAGGUCCUUUAGGAUAUCGGCUACGGCAUCUUGGCCGACAUUCUCCACCGUGACGGAGUUCUGCUACGGGGCCCACAUCGCCAUUACCCCCUUCAACGUGGCGGCCCUCCGCACGGCGGCCCAUCUCCUCGGCAUGACUGAAUUGCAGGAGAUAACGGAGGAGUAUUUGUGCAGUGAAGUGACCAUCAACAAGGAGUAUCUUUCUGUGGUGCUCAGCUCGAGCUUACCUCUCAUGCCAGAGGUGGAGACGGAGGCAUUGCUCGUCAGCAGGUGCUUCGAGGCGCUCAGCCUCACGGACGGCGCCGAUUUGAGCUGCUUGGACGGCGUUAAGGGCUUGAGCAUUCGGGAUUUUCAAAUUAUUUUGGCGUCAGUUAGUCAACGUCUGACCGACUGUCACGACCUUGUUUAUAGAAUCGUCGACAUUUACCUCAAGACCAACAUGGAAUCACUACGGGAGGAUCAAAAAACCCAAAUGUGCAACCACAUAGACUGCACCAUCGUAUCCCCCACACUCCUCAUGCACGCUGUCCAAAACCCGAGAAUGCCGCUAAGGUUUGUUGUCCAAGCCAUGUUCCUCCAGCAGCUCAGCACCCGCGACGCCAUAAUCUCAAACAGCCAGGAGCAAAAAGACAGUAUUACCCUCGGGGCCAUCCUUGAACGGGAUGCGGCCCUCCGCCAAGUGUCCCACCUGAAGGCUGUCGUGAGCGCCACAAGCUCGCGCAUCGAGUCUCUUGAGAGAGAGCUGGGCGGCAUGAGGAAGGCUUUGGAGGGACGUGCCUCCAGCUUUCGACUAAGGAGGAAUGAUAGGGCUUUGGUUUCUGCCGAGAGGAGCUUCAGCCGGAGGCUGGUCAAUGGGAUUAAGGGCGUGUUUGGUUUGCGUACCAACAAGCACGACAUGAAGGAGAUUAAUGAGUUGGGUAGUAGCGACCGUGUUGUUAUAAUUAAAAAGGACCGAGCCUUUCACAGGCGCUCCACCUCUGAAUCUUGA